AUCGUGUCGACGGUCGUCAAGAUUUAGCCGUUCAUUUUAUGGACAAAAUUUAUGUUCUAUCGACCAAAGAAGCUCUAAAAGAAUUCCAGAAAAAUCCACGUCGUUAUAUCAAUGAUCCUCGACCACCAUGUAAACUAUUCUUGUAUGGACCAAAACAUUCUGGCAUUGAACAAUUAGCAUCAGAUAUUGGCAAACGUUAUAAUGCAACAGUAAUUGAUAUGGAUGCAUAUGCAAAACCAAAAAUAGAUGAAUUAAGAAAACGAUAUGUUGAAGAUGUUCGUAUGGAAACUGAAACAGCAACUAUCGAAAAAGUACAACAACAGUUGAAUGCAGAAGCUGAAGAGAAACAAGCAAAUGAUGAUACUAAUCAAACUCAACAAGAAGAAGAAAUUGCGGAGAAAUCUGAAGAGAAACUAAAUGAAGAAGGUGAACAAUCUCAGGAAAAAGCCGAAGAAAACGCCGAAGAAAUUUCUCCCACAACAAGUGGUCAAGAUCAAUCUUCAUUACCGCUUGAAAACAAUACUGACAUAAAUCGCGAUGAUUUGGGUGGUAUUGGACCUGAAGAUGAACAAACUCAAUAUGAACGUGAUGGUAAAGUUACGGCUGAUCAUCCAGAAGUUAAAAAAGCUGUUGAAUUAGCCAUUGAAGAAGCUCGGAAAGCUGCUAUUAAUAUACCAGCUGAUGUAUACGCUGAUUUAAUACAAAAAGCAAUUCAAGCAGUUGAAGCCAAACAUCGAGAAAAAAAUCCGACUGGACCAUUAUUUGGUAAUUGGAUAUUUGUUAAUUUUCCAUAUGAGAAUGAUAUAUGGGCAAAUUUAGCCGAGAAAAAUAUACAACCUGAUGAUAUAGUGGUUUUACUUGAUUCAAGCGAUAAAUUAGAAGCAUUACAAAAACGCUGGUAUUCAGCAAAUAAAACAGAUAUUGAUAGACAAAUCAGAGAACGUUUAGAACGAGAAGCAGUUGAACGUCGUCAAAAAGAUGAAGCUCAAAAACAACAAAUGGAAGAAAUGAAAAAGAUUGCCGAACAAGAACGAAAUGAACGUCAAAUGGAAAGACAACGAAAAAUUGAUGCAGGAGAAACUGUCGAAGAAGAACAAGAUGACAGAGAAGAAAAAGAAAUGCAAGCCGCCAUUCUUGAAGAUAAAAAAUAUGAACCAAAAAAAGAAGAUUACACAAUUCCUGAAACAAUACCAGAAGAGGAUGAAUCCAUGAGUAAAGAUGUCGAUAAAACUAGUAAUCCAGAUUUAAAUCGUCCACCAGUGCCAAUCUCCAGUGUAUCGAAUGAAGAGACAACAAUGCCACCAGCAGGUGUCGAGUUAAAUGAAUUUCUACAAGAAGUAAAAGCAGACGUGGAUAAAAUAAAUGCAUUGGUAAAAUUGAUAACAAAUACAAUGGGUAUUGAACCAAUUACUAUUGAUUUAAUGAAAGAAGAUACUAGUAUAAAAAAUCAUGAUGAAAUCGUUACAGAAACAAUUGAUGGAUUAGAAAAACAAUUUAAAUAUGUUGUGCAGGAGACUGCGGAUCAAGAUGAUGAAGAAGAAGAGGAUGGUGAAGAAAAUGACGAAGAUGGAAAUGAAGGUGAAGAAGAGGAAGACGAUAAUGAUUUAUUUAAAAAAGAUCGUAAAAAACAUCUUGGCGAUACAAGUAUCUAUUGUCCAGUGGCACUAUUGGAUAAAAAUAUUCUUGUACCGGGUAAACCAGAUUUAACUGCAUCAUACGAAGGAAAAGCAUAUCGUUUUUCAACUGAUGAUGCAAGAACAGCGUUUAUGCAAAAUCCAAUAAAAUAUCUACCAACAGAUAAACCACCAAAAUUACCAGCAAUUCGAAUGUUAUUUAUUGGUGCUGAAGGUGUUGGUAAAAGUCUGCAUGCAAGAGAAUUAGCAAAAAAAUUAAAUAUAUUUCAUAUAAAAUUUCGUGAUCGUUUACAAGAAUUAAUUAUAGCCAAAACAAAAAUGAAAAUUGGACCAGAAUUUGCUGAAGGUCGCGAAGAUCCUGAUAAUGAGGAAAGUGAAGAAAAAUCAGAAAAAACUCCUGAUGAGGUUGAAGAGUUAACACCGGAACAAGAAAACAUCAAAGCAUAUUUACAAGAUGGUGAAGCAUUGGCACCGGAAAUUUUAGAUAAACUAAUUAAAGUAUGGUGGAAUGAUGAACCAUUUAAAUCACGUGGUAUUAUUCUCGAAGGUUUUCCAAAUAAUGAGGACGAGACAGGUUAUAUGAUUGAAAAUAGUUUAAUACCAGAUGUUGUUAUACAAUUGGAUACUGAAAGUUCAGAAGUUUUAAAACGAAUAUUGCCUCAACGAAUGGAUCAAUGGAGAAAAAAAAUACAAACACGAAAACAAAAACGAGCACUAAUAAAAGCGAAAAAAGAACGUGAUAGGAAAAUAGCAUAUGCACAACGAAAAGCCGAAUUGUUCGCUGAACGUCAACAAAAAAUCGAACAGGGUGACCAGCCAGAAGAUGACGAAAUUGAACAAACACUUGCUAGUGAAUUUCCACCCGAUGAAGAGGAGGAAGAAACGGAACAAGAAGAUGAGCAAGCAGCCGAAGGUAGAAUUGGUGAAAUCAUUGAACAACAAAUGACUGAUGUUAAAGAUAAACUAGAGGGUGUUAAGCGUAUAUUUCAAGAAGAAUUUGUAUCCACUUAUCAAAUUGAUGCUUCUGGGAAACCACGCUAUGUUAAAAAUCGUAUAGCAAAGAAACUUGAACGCUUUGUAACAUUACGACAAAAUUUAUUAGAACGUGUCUAUAUUAUUAAACCCGAAUUAGCUCAACAAUUAAUUGAUGUUGGCUAUUUACAUUACAGUCGAUUUGGAAAAUGGUGUCCGGUGUCCAUACACAAUGGCGUUUGUUUUCCACCCGCAUACGGACCAGAUAAAAUACCACGUACGGUAGUUUACAGAAAAAAUGUUUAUUAUUUGGCUGAUGACGAGGCACGAGUUGAAUUUUUGAAAAAUCCAUUAUUCUACUUACAACAACCGACACCGAAACCAAUUAUACCAGCUAAGAUAGCACUUCUUGGACCACCAAAAUCGGGAAAAACAUCUGUUGCUAAACGAUUAGUUCAAGAAAUUGGUUGUGUACGUGUGUCAUUAGGCGAUGCUGUUCGAUACAUUUUAGAAAAAGAAAUAAAUACCGUACUUGGCAAACAAAUGCAAACUACUUUGUUAGCUGGUAACGAUAUUAUUCCUGAAAUAGCUAUUCAAUGUUUAGAAAUUGCAUUAAUGGAUGUUAAAUGUCAAACAAGAGGUUAUGUACUGGAUGGAUUUCCAAUAACAAAAAAACAUUCUGAAUUAUUAUCCGAAAAAGGAAUAAUUCCAUUUAAACUAUUUGAAUUACAAUGUGAUUUAACAGAAUGUGUUCAACGAGCAAUUAAAGAUAGAAAUGAUCCAAAUCGAUUGUACGUGAUGCCUGAUAGUGUCGAAGCUAUAUCACAAAAAUAUGCUGUCUAUCAACAUGAAGUAGGACCCACUAGAGAAUGGUAUUCGAAAGAACAUAAAAAUUGGAUUACCGUUAAUGGAAAAAAUAGUAAAUGGAAAGUAUGGGAUAUCGUGAUGAACGAAACGUGUAAUGUCACGCGUAAAAUACAAAAUUAUCUUGAACGAAAAGCACAAAAUAAAGCAGCUAGUAUCAGUGAUCUCUGUGUACUUCCACAAGAAUUAUUCAAUCGUCUUGGAGAAUUCGAUCAUUAUUGUCCCGUUUCAUUGGUACUUCGAGAUGAACUGGUUGAUUGUUCGGCAGAUACAAGAACGGAUUAUGUCGCAGAAUACAGAGGACGCUAUUAUCGUACAGCGGGUCUAGAUGAACUGAACAUGUUUCUGGCAGAUCCAGAACGUUUUGCACCAAUUGAGCCAAAAAAACUACCACCACCUCCAAAUAGACGUCCGAAACGACUUACAGCUGCUGAAGUUCAAGCAUUAUUUCCAAAACCCGUUGAAUUUUCAGGAUAUUGCACUGUCACUUAUCUCAAUGGAGAUAAAAAAUAUGAAUGUCUUGUUAUGGGAGGUCAAGAUUAUGCAGUACAAUAUCGUGAUAAACUAUUUUUUAUGUUAAACGAACAAGCGAGAGAAAAAUUUAUGAGACAACCGGAUAAAUAUUGGCGAUUACAAUUACCAAAUAAACUUCCACCACCUAAAAAUCCAUUAGAUAUUAUUAAUCUUCCCUGUCUCGGUUAUCUAGAACAAACAGUUGCAAAUGCAAUUAUUAAAAGUUUAACAGCCACCGGUUCUUUUAAACCAAAAUUUCCAUUUUUAUCCAUUAAAAGUUCAGCAUUAAUUUAUGCAGCAUAUCAUUUGAAAGCAUACAAUUCCAAAAGUUCUGAUUAUCUACGUCGAAAAUUUCGACGAAAACUCUAUAUAUUUGAAGAACAAUGUGAACUUAUCGGAUAUUUGGCUGAUAAAUCAACAAUAAGAUAUAAAGCACCAGAAAAUCGAACACCAGAAUAUAAUGUCAAAUAUGAAACGUUUUUUGCCUUAAAAGAAAAUGUGCCUACCAGUAAUUGGCUUAGCUAA